CAGCUGGGCUUUCUGAUCAGACGCAUCAAUUGGCGGAACCGAUCUCUUUGUCUGGGCUGUGCAACUUGCUGCACUGUUACUUUCGCUUUUCUUGAGCAUCUUAGGCAAUUAAAAACUUUUAAUUAAUAAUCAGAUUUGACGGAAUUGACAGCAGGUGUGAAUUCAUGUCUGCAUUUUCACCACAGAUCUACUGCCCAGUGUUUGUGCCUGUCCCAGAUAUGACUGAAGUGAUGAUCAGCAACACGCCCAUGGAGGAUAUGAGGCUCAGCCCAAGCAAGGACAGACUCACCUUCCAGAUAUUUCCGGACCCCUCAGACUUUGAUCGUUGCUGUAAGCUUAAAGACCGCCUCCCAUCCAUCGUGGUUGAGCCAACAGAGGGAGAGGUGGAGAGCGGAGAGCUUCGCUGGCCUCCUGAGGAGUUCCUUGUCAGUGAGGAGGAAGAAGAGGACGAAGAGGAGCAGAACAAUAGCAGCAUGCAGAAUGGACAGCCAGCACAGAAUUCCCAGCACUAGAGGCUGGGUCGUUCAGCACCAUGUUCACUUUGUUCUUUGGUUCUGCGGGAUAGUAGCCUUCUUCACGCAUUGGUCAUACUUCACUGGAGCACUGCAGCACAUUCAACUGACACAUCCAGUGUCUCUUGUUGCCAUUUCUUUACCCAUGGCACAAAUGUAUGCAUCCACCAAAACUAAAAAUGACCCUCUCCCCGUCGAUUGACUUUAGACUAACCUUUCUUCCUGUGUGGACACAUCAAAAUGGGGGUUAAAGAUCAGAUAAAGUCUACAUCCCUCCCCUACUUCCCAUUGUGUUCAUAAUAUGUCAAGUCAAUGGCGAUGCUCGGCUCAAGAGCAGCAGAUUAGUGCUUCACGAACGGCUCUUCCCCUGCAAGAGACAACUCUGCUCUGACCCCAAAAUGGCUGGCAUCAUGACCCCAGAGUCUUUAUACCUGUGUGCAGAGCAAUUGUGGAACCUGUGGGGAGUUAUUGUACAGUGCACUGUUUUGUUUUUAAUUGCUUUAAUAAUUAUUGCCACUGCUGUCUAUAGAUUUGUCUCUUGAUGUCAAUGUUGGUUGUCUUUGAGAAGUGGAUAUUUUGUAGAAAGUUACUGGGAUUUGUUUUUGUUGUUUUCUGCACAGAAUUUGCUGGGGUUAUAAAUGAUAAAAUAAGUUGUUAGUUAUUUUGAAGAAAAUCUUGAGCAGAAAACGAAAAGUGUAACUGACCGACUUUGCAAGCUUACUGUGCACUGAAACCAGAGUUAUGCUAUUAAAUCUGUCAUCACAUUGGCCUCCAAGAACCAGCGCUUGGAUGACAAAGCUAAACGUUUAAGGAUGAGCUUUUGAAAGAGGGCACUUGUUAAAGCAAUGUAAAAAGCCAAUGAAGGAUGUGUAAGUACAUGUUCCUGGUGUGAUGAAUUGAACAUCUUUUCUAGUCUUCCUGUUUAAAAAAAAAAA